AGGUCGUCAGUUUACUCAAUGAUUGAUUGGGAACAUCUGACCCUCUUAAACGAAAUCCUACAGUUCGUAGUUGCAGUGAAUGCAGCACGGUGACGUAUUGAACCGCUUCCGUCGUGCUGCGUUCAGGAGCCCAUGCCUGUAUGAGCGGGGGAUCGGCUCUGCUGCCACUUUCCUCUCUAUUGUGAGGAGGUUUUUUGGUUGUGUUUGCUGCAGGUUACCGGUGUGUGAUGGACCGCUGGAGGGGCAGAGUGGCUCUGGUGACCGGAGCCUCGGUCGGGAUCGGGGCGGCCAUCGCCAAAGAGCUGGUCCGGUACGGGAUGAAGGUGGUGGGCUGUGCCAGGGACGUCGAGAAAAUACAGAAACUGGCAGCUGAGUGUCAGAGUGCAGGCCACGGUGGUGUUUUGGUGCCUUUCAAGUGUGACUUGACCAGCGAGGAGGAGAUUCUGUCCAUGUUCUCCGCCAUCAAAGCGCAGCACAAAGGUGUGGAUGUGUGCAUCAACAACGCUGGCUUGGCUCAUCCAGAGUCACUGUUAAAUGGCAAAACCAGUGGCUGGAAGAACAUGCUGGAUGUGAACGUUCUUGCAUUGUCUAUCUGCACACGUGAAGCGUAUCAGUCAAUGAAAGAAAGAAAUGUUGACGAUGGGCACAUCAUAAACAUAAACAGCAUGAGCGGACAUCGCAUCGUUCACAGCGCUGACGUACAUUUCUACAGCUCCACCAAGUACGCUGUGACAGCCCUGACGGAGGGCCUGAGACAGGAGCUGCGGGAGGCGAACACCCACAUCAGAGCCACAUGUAUUUCUCCCGGUGUGGUGGAGACAGAAUUUGGUCCACGGCUCUACAAGGACAAUCCUGAUAAAGCUGCUGCUUCAUAUACCAAAUUUAAGCCUUUGGAAGCCAUCGAUGUUGCAAAUUCUGUGACAUACGUCCUGAGUGCCCCUCCCCAUGUGCAGAUUGGAGAUGUGCAGAUGCGACCUGUGGAGCAGUUGUCAUAGUAUUGCACCACAUGACAGAAGACCUAGUGUACUGACACGUUCUUCAUCUGAUUGGAUAACAAUAAUGUGAAAUGAAUUACUUUAUCUGAACAUGGAGUAACUUUUGAAGGUUGCACUAACAGAAUAAAAUGUUUGAUUUGAAGGUGAAAUUUGUUGCACUUAUUAUACAUUUGCGUGUACAAAAUUUGAUUUGUAGCGAGGCAGUAAUCACGUAUAUAUAUAUCACAAGGAUGUAGCAAUGAAACCAAAAAACUUGUUAUCAAAAUGUUAAAAUCAUACAUGCAAUAUAUAAACCAUAGAAAUACACAAAUAUAAAGAAUAUAAAAAAUAUUUUAAAGAAAGUAUUUGAAAUUUUUCAUCAAAGAGAGAAACAAACCUGUAAAAUAUUAAAAAAAAUAUUACAAUAUCCUAAUAAUGUUUGUGAAAUAUUGUACAAAAGUGACUAAAAUAUUGCUACAAAAAGGAAAAUGACAAAGAAUAUUUUAUAACACUUGCUUAUCGAUUGAAAGGCAAUUUAAAAUAAAACAGUUUUCUCCUUCA